UUAUGCAUCUUCACAACCCAAAAUACAAGUUCCAGCCUAUAGGUCAAGUACAGAGCUUCUGCCAUUACCAGAAACCCUAGCUUUCUCUUCUGUGAUUGCAUCAUUGGAUCAGCUAGCUGCGGUUAUGGCUUCUAACUUCUGCUUCACGACCCUUGCAAUCCUCGCUCUUGCCCUUGCUGUUUGCGUGCAAGGCACUCUAGGGGGAGUGACAUGUGAGAAUCUAGACGAAAGCACUUGUGCGUUCGCAGUGUCAUCAUCGGCCAAACGCUGUGUGCUUGAGAAGCACGUAAAGAGGAGCGGAGAGGAAGCAUACACAUGCCGCACAUCAGAGAUUGAAGCAGAUAAACUGAAGGACUGGAUCGAGAGCGAGCAGUGCAUUAAAUCUUGCGGCCUGGACCGCAAGUCUUAUGGAAUCUCAUCCGACUCUCUCCUCGAGUCUCGCUUUGCACAGAAGCUUUGCUCUCCUCAGUGCUACGGCAGCUGCCCCAACAUUGUUGACCUUUACUUCAACCUCGCAGCUGGUGAAGGGGUGUUCCUUCCAAAAUUAUGUGAAGCACAAGGAGCAAAUGCUCGUAGGGAUUUGUCCGAGCUGCGAAGCUCUGGAUAUGUUGCGCCAGGACCAGUAAAAUCGGUUAACUUGGUAGCAGAGGCACCAGUAAACUACAUGAACUUGGAAGCUGAACACUACGUUGCUCCAGCACAGACACCAUGUGCCGAUGCUCCAGCACUGACACCAGGUUACUGAAGUACUUAAUUACAAAAGUACCCCGUAUCGAUCAUCUACAUCAUUCGGGGCCUGUGUGUUAUUUCAAUCAUUAUAAUAUAUGUGUGUCAAAUCAGAGUUAGUGACUUUUAGUAGUUAGUACUAUUCCAUUGUUUAGUUAUGUUCUAUGUAACAGAAAAAACGGGUAUAUAUUCUGGCAAUAGUCAUCGCUCUGUAUGCUUUAAUAUACGGUAUAUAUAUACCCAAGGAUUGAAUGAGAAUAAAUUUAUUUUUACAGUAA